AUGACGAUGGAUGAUAUUUUAUCAAGGGCGGACGACAGUGGCCCCGAGAGCCUGUCCAAGACGCCGACGGCAUGCAAUGUCAUCCGCUCCAGGGACUACUCGUACGAAGCGCCCAGUCCACCUCUGAUCGAUGUGCCCCUGCACCAGUGGCAGGAGACGAAGACGGGGGGGCUGACGCUGCGGCCGUCAGCCGCCCAGAUCAGGCCGUGGCAAAUGACGGCAGACGAUUAUCUCCUCGUUACCGGCAACAGAGAGCAGGUGCCGACGGAUCGAGCCUGCGUCUGGAAGUACCAGCACCGGCACGAGGCCCAGCCGAUCCUCGACUUUCUCUACCUCGGCCCCUCGAACGUCGUGCGGGACGACAAGUUCCUGCAGAGGGAGGCCAUCACCAUGGUUCUCGUCGUCCGCGAUGCUCGCCUGGCGCACAUCAAGCUCCUCAGCGUCGAAAAGGCGACCCGAGGACGAAAUCUCGCGGUCCGUUACCUCAACCUGCACCACACCAGCUUGCUCGACGGCUUCCGAGAAGGCUUCAGCGUCAUCAACGAGCACAUACUCGCCGUUCAACGUCGGGGUGGGCACGGCAGGGUCCUCGUCUGCUGCGACUCGGGCAACGGCCAGUCCGCGGCCGUCGUGGUCGCCUACAUCAUGGCGCUCUACGACAGCGACCUCAUCCCCGCCCUCGGCUUCGUCGCCAUCCAGCGGUUCUGCUGCACUUUCGACGAAGACACGAAGCGCAUUCUCCAGACGUGGGGGGACACCCGGCGGGCAGAGAACGCGGUGGCACGGGAUGCGCGGACGGCCGUCGAUGGCACCCUACCCGACACCUCGCAUCGGAUGGCCCGCUUCUCGAGGAGCGACGCGGUGGCCAAGAGAGGAAGUGACGAUAUGGACUGCGUCGACGACGACGACGGCAAUGAGAAUCAUCGAUUUGCGCCCUUUGCGGACGUCGGCGACACCACGAUGACGGACGGGAUGAGCUGCUGA